ACUCCAACCAUUGUGUUGUGAUGUCCUAAACCCUCCACUUCCUCUGCCUCUAAUGUCUCUCAUCCCAACCAUGGCUGCGUUCAAAUCCCUCACAGUUGCAGAAUCAUGCCUUCUUUCUCUACCUUCACUCUUUCACACCAAAACCAAAUACCCUUUUUUCUCAAUUCCUUCUAAGCCCCUCAAACUCCAACUUUCACGCUCUCACUCCUCACUCUUUUCCCUCACUACCACCCCAACCCGCCAUUCCUCUCCCCUUACAUUCGUGGCCCAGACAUCAGAUUGGGCCCAACAAGAAGAAGAAGAAGACGGUGAAGGAAGCGCGUGGGAGAAUCAAGGUGACCCCACGUGGGGAACUGAAGAUGUUGAUGAAAUUGAAGGUAGUGAAGGGGAAGUAGAGGGUAGUGAAGAUGGGGCUUUUGGGGAAGAGAGUUUUGCUCAACCAUCUGAUGAAGUCAAAAUAUUUGUUGGAAACUUGCCUUUUGAUGUUGACAGUGAGAAAUUGGCAUCGCUCUUUGAGCAGGCUGGCACCGUCGAGGUUGCUGAGGUCAUUUAUAGUAGGGUCACUGACCGAAGUCGCGGGUUUGGAUUUGUUACCAUGAGUACCAUGGAAGAGGUUGAGAAGGCUGUGGAUAUGUUCAGUGGCUAUGAGCUAGAUGGAAGAUUGUUGACUGUUAAUAAGGCAGCUCCAAGAGGAGCGCAGCCUGAACGCUCUUCACGGGCCUUUGGUUCUGCUUUAAGAGUCUACGUUGGCAACUUGCCGUGGGAUGUUGACAAUGCUCGCCUGGAGCAAAUUUUCAGUGAACAUGGUAAGGUUGAGAAUGCUCGGGUAGUCUAUGACAGAGAGACUGGUCGAUCACGUGGUUUUGGCUUUGUCACAAUGUCCAGUGAGGCUGAUAUGAAUGAUGCCAUUGCUGCUCUUGAUGGUCAGAACUUGGACGGCAGGGCAAUAAGAGUUAAUGUUGCAGAGGACAGGUCCAGACGUAGCUCCUUUUGAGUGAUUAGGUCCUCACAGAAAAGAUCUCAAGAAGACAGAAAUGAAAUUUACUGAACUUAGAAUUGACUGAAUAUUUUUUAAGACUCGAUACGAUGAUGAUUUCAAGAUCUGAUCUCAUGUUACAAGCGCAGAAAAAUCUGCCAGUUAUCUCCCUUUGUUAUCGAAUUCUUGCAUUUGACAUGGAAACUCUCCCUACUAGAAUUAGAAAUUGUGUGCAUAGUUGAUAGUUGACCUAAACAAUGUUAUUAUCUAAAUGUGUUUUUCAUAAUAAUAAUCCCAACAAGGAACUAAAUAUGUUACUAAGUGCAUGUUUAGAUGCACCUUAAAUC